AUGUCGUCGAAGGCAGGAUUUGUGUAUCCCCAAGACCGUGUCACACAACGUCCCAGUGGAAAAAGAAGGGGUGUCACCCCUAAAGGCGUUGCCAAUGACCCGCAAGCUCGAUCGCUCAUUGUUUGCAGUAUCAGUGUAGGCUUGCAGCCCACGAGGGCUACAAAACGUUCUUCUGCAGAAGGAGUUCAAGACGCAGAACCAGCAGCAAAGAAGCAGGCAACUACGAGGGAGCAGGCAGAUACAAAUGUUGCAGAGAGCUCUUUAACGACAGCAUAUCUGCUGGACAAACUACCUGCUGCCACAGCAAAGAGUUCAGCGAGCCUGUCAGCGGCUACACAGUGCACACAAAAUCCACAAGUGGCUAUAAACGUGUCUGAAGGUAACGCCGACGGCCACGUCGCUGUGGCCAUUCAAGUCGACUGCCCCUCAGACACUUCAGAUGAUAAGAAGACGAAGAAAUCGACAAGCAAGCGAGCUGAUAAAGAUAAGGGUAAGCGUCGUGUGUCGUACACCGUGAAACAGAACUGCCUUGUGCUACACGAAAUUUUGGAAGACUCUGGCAUCUUCAACCGAAAUGAAGAGUCGAAAACGCAACGAUGGGUAAAGGCUACGAGCCGAGUGAGCGAGGUUCUAAGGAAGGACAUUCACCGGAGGCGCUACGCAAGCAUCUUGAUGUUCUUGUUAAAACCCACCGCAAAACGAUGGCGAAGGAGCUCGCACUCUCAGCCGGAGCAAAAAGACGAGCAGGAUUGCAUCGGUGGGGAAGCUAUUCGGACCGCGGCUGUAGCGUGCGAAAAGCUGAAGAAGACCAAGUCCAGUAGAAAGCGAGCAGAUAUACUGGAAUUCGCCAAGGGCUUAGCUAUGGAGUCUGAUGCUCGCCAAGAACGCGAACGCCGCAAACGUAAAGAGCGCAUGCAAACUCGAGCUAUCCAGCUGCAAGAACAACAAAUAAAGUCCCAGCAACAAGUAGCUGAGGUCGCGAUGGCUAUGCAAGCUUUGGCGGUGGUACUCGUAAAAGCCGUUAGCACCGGUGCCAAUUAG